CAUUUCUCUGUCAUUUCUCAGGCUUGGAAUAGGCUUGGCCAGUGGAUAGAUACAUCAUGAUAUAUUUGUCUAGCGAAAGCUUAUACAUGUAGAAACGUAAGCUAAAGGCGGUGGGAUACUUCCUAAGAAGAGCAGAUUGUUGUGGUGUGAUUGUAAUGCUGGCUUCCAGUCACUAGAGGGUGGUUGAGCCUGAGCUAUGUGAGCGGGACUCAGCUGUGGGGAUACUUUGCCUGACAGGAGGUAAGAUUAUUGACAUGUUUCACAAAAUGAUCUCUGCUCUGUGUGAAACAUUCUUGGCAUUCAGGCUAAAUAGGAAAAGAAGAGUUCAGACACAUACAUGUAAAAAAAAAAGGAGCUGAAUGUUUGAUUUGAUUUAAUUGUUUUACUUACCAGUGUUAUAAUUUUUGCUUUUUAAGUUUGCCCAAAACAGACUUCAAUAAUUGCAGAGAGUCUUAGUAAAGUAAGUAGAAUGUGACCGUUUUUAUAUGUAUUUGCACUUUGUGUGUUUAAGUGCUGCUUUUUUUAUAGUCUGCCUUAUUGCGGUACAUGUAGAGAGAAGAAUACAAAACAGAGAGACUACAUUAUCUCUGCAGCAACUUCGCAUACUGUAAUUCCACUUUAUCCACAAACGGCUCGAGUUGUAUUCUCUGCUCAGAAGUUUUUCAAGGUUUAACGUGUGUGUGUGUGUGUGUGAUAGAGAGAGAUAGGCCGCUCUUCCUUUGUUUUAUUAAACUGUCUUGAAUAAAAAGUGUCAGCACAAGUUUGAUUUUCACCAGUAGAUUUGUGAUGAUAAACGCCAGCAAAUGUCACUGGUUUGGUUUGGGCUUCAAAGGCUGGUUAUAGGACUGCUCUGUAGUGCAGGAGCGUGGGGCACGGACCCAUCCUUACUGACCCAGCGGGGCGUCUCUUGGCCAGACACUUGAGCUUCAGGCCCCAGGGGUCUGAUACAAGCUGCCAAAUCCUGAGAAGGUAGCUGUACUACAACCUACUCAAAGCAAAGAACGAUACAUGAUUAAUAUGUGUCUGCGCGCCCUUUGUACUUGCUGAUAAAAUCAAAGACCUUUAUCAAAGCUUUCUUUCUGAGGCCAAGUAUUUGCCAGGGAAAGAUCAUGAAUUGCCCCCUAACGUUUUACAGUAUUUAUUCUGUCUAAUACAAUUAGUAGUUAUAUGCUAUGCAUUUUUUUUUCCAAUUUAUAUUUUGUGCGUAAGGAAAGAAAUACAUCAAAAUUAAUAUUCGAGAUUUAUUUGAUGGGAUGAUAGAAGUUAUAUGGCAUCACAGAAAUCUUGACAAUCUUCAAAGGAACCAGUGGGAAUGGCUGAGAGGUCAAAGACAGCUUUGUGCUCUUAAAAGAGAGGAAAUUGAUUAUAAGAUGUUAAGCAUUAAAUGUAAUGUUCAUAAUGGGCUGACACAAAAAACAAAUGAGAACAUUCAUGAAACGACUGUACAUGCAAGAAAGUGAGAGAGAGAGAGGCAGGGAGAGGGCUGCACAUGAUCUUGAUUGGGAACAGCUUUAAACAAAUUAGGGUAAUUCUGGUGCCCAGUUUGAAGUAAAAAAAAACACAAUACCGAUUGUGGCAACGUUUCCUUUUAAACCUAAACAAGGAGGCUCUUACAGUGUUGUAUUAGCAACAUAUUAAUGCAGGUCUAGACAAAGAGAAAGGUUUUCAGUUUGUAUCCUUUAAGAACAGCUAUCCCGUCAGCCUUACCACAAAAAGUCAUUAAAAAGCGAAAGUUUACAUAAACAGUUCAUUCAGUUAAACAUGUUAAAUAUGUACAUUUCAGCUGGGGGAAGCUAUCAAAACUCCAACUAAUAUUACUCCUUCGACAUGUUGUAAACUGCAGACCUAUGAAAUACCGCUCACAUGCUUUAAAUUCUGAUUUGGUCUAGGUUCCUGACUACGCCUUCAUUUGGGUUUUCAUCAUACAGCUAUGCUGAAGGGUAUUAUUAUUAUUAUUGUUAUUAUUAUUUUGCAGCUUGGAAAAGAUCGUUGUUCGUGCCGAGGGAUUUAAUAAUUUCUCCAAUUUUCCCAAAGGUUCAAAUGCAAUGUCAAAUACAAUUACAAAAAUGAUUUUCAUGUUACUUAAAGCCUUAAUUCUAAUGAAAAUUAUAAAAUUAAUUAUUUGCUCUUUUUGAAUUUUAUGCCAGUAGCAUACUUUUGAAAAAGGGGCCGUGUCAUCACAGCUUCUUUUAACAGCGCUCUGUAAGUGUUUGUAAGUAUUUGCAUCAGCAACCAGGUUUUAAAGCAAAAUAUUUUCCCAUUCCUAUUUUAUAUGGAAGUUCAGCUGGAAGAGUUUUAUUACGUUAUAUGUUAAAGUGUCAGUCGGUGGCAGGUCUGGACAGCUGCUAGUCUUCCCAACUCUGAGCCGUGCUGUUGGAAUACCUCCAAAAGUUGUUUUAGCAUUGUCUUGCUGAAAUAAGUAAUGACUUCUUGAAAGCAUUGGAUGAUAGCAUGCAUUGCUCAGAAACCUGUAUAUAAGGCAUUGGUACCUUCACAAAUGUAAAAGUUCGCUAUGCAAUGUAUGCCAUCGCAUUUGUGAUAUUUUUAGACAUUUUUCCACUUUAUGCCAGGUCAUGCUACAGAGAAGGUGACAGUGUCUGUGAAUGCAACUGUUACUUUCGGAACUAUUUCUUAGCUUAUGCAGCGAUUUCCAUCCUUUAAUUUUCUAAAACACUUAAUCCAGUAUGGGGCUGCAGGAAGGUGGGUAUACUGGGACUAUCCCAGCUAAUACAGGUAGCAAGAGGCCUGCACUAUGAAGUAAGUUCAGCAUGCUAGGGGUAUAUUUCUGUUAAGUGAAUUCACUAACCCUAACAUCAGCACUGACGAUAAGCAGUCACAUGAAGCUGGUUACCAACUUGUCAAAUUAACGUAGGGUUUCCUAAUUUAAUUAUAAGUGUGUUCACAUGAAAAGGUUGCUGCUGGCACCAUCUGACCAAUCACGAACGUGGAUAAGUCCUGGCAGAAGACUGGCUGAUCAAACAAAGGAAGAGAACUAUAAUUUUAGAAAAAUAUGAAGAGGUUAAACAUACUACAGCGUGAAAGCAACACAGCCAGUGCAGACAGCACUGCCAUAUGAGUGAAUGUGAGAGGAAAAGCACUGUACAGGAGUUUAGUGUAAAGAACGUAUGAAUGCAUGUGAGCUCUAGUCAGUAAGACUGGAAAAGAGCAACUAUAUUGAAGACAAGAAGGAAAGCUGGCAUGCAGACUGUGUAAGUCAACAGACAGCGUAAUAUCAGAUCGCAUUAGGACACAGGAGAAUCUGAUAGUAUGUCAUAAGAUUAAAACAAAGAGUAAAGAACAAAUAUAAAAACUAAAUUCAUCAGAGUACAUGGAAAUUUGACCCACAAAUACUAAUAGGUGUGGUGUUUAAGGAUCAUAUCAACGCUUACAGAACAAAUAAACUGUUUUAAAAUAAAGUGUUGGACCUUCCUGCUCUACACCCACGAGUUCCCAGGAAUCUUCCAGGAAUGGAGGCGUUAUUUUCUUAGUAAAUAUAUCUCAGUUUUCACCUUGUAGUAAAUUAAGAAGACAAAGAGUUACAGGAUGAUGGUGGUUAAAAUUUCCAGGUGUGAUAUUAAAGAUACGAGGGAUCUUUAAAAUAGAGAAAUGAUUAUAUGCUUAUACUGUAAUAAUAUUGAUAAUUUAGCAGUCAUCCUGAAGCACCUGAAGGUAAAUUGAACUGAAAUGAAUAAACAAAAACACCAUAGACCUUGAGAUGUUAGGGCACACGCAGGCACACUCACACAUAUGUAGAAACACACUCACACCAUGGGAGAGAGAGACGGAGAGAAAGACAGAUCCCUGAGUUACCUAGCUGCUAAACACUGAAGAGAGGAGAGUGAAUUUGGAGUGACAUCCCAGUUAUUGCUCUUGACAUUUGUGCAUCGUCCAGGCGCAUAUGUGCAGUAAAAGCCGCACCUAGGGGAAACUCUGUGUGCGUGUGUGUGUGUGUGUGCGCACACACUGAUGAGCUAAGCACAGCUGAGGACAGACAGUGAAUGAAUAAUAAAGUGUGUCAAACCUGACCUAUGCGGUCACUCUGCUGAGACUUUCCCUUGUUUGACCGCCUCCCCAACCUCCUCUCUAACACACACAGACAAAGCCUCUUGUGCGCUAACUUUAGAAUGAUGAGACACCAAUGAUUGUCUUUGUUUUUCAGCUUUAACAUACAGCAGCUAUUGAACUGUGAAAGUGAAUUGGACAGGGAUCAACCAUAUAAUAUAGUUUUGACAGCCUUUGAAGCGCAUCCGCUCUGCCCCCACGCUUCUGCUGAUUGCCCCUGAGCCCUCUUUCUCCUCUGCAAAGGCAUACUGUGGCAUUUACAAGGUACAGUGGGCAGCGGGACGCACAUUAGAAACAACUAAGCAUACAUGGAUGGAGAGCGAGGUAACAGUGAUUUAGGGUGAAUCAUUUUGGUUGAGUCAAACAGCGAUGCGAUAGCAAAUAAGAAGCUUGGCAAAAAGACAAUUUGCAGCUGGUGACCAUCACAAAGGAAAAAGUAGUGCCCACUAAUCAAUGUGAAAUGCUUUAAUGUUAACAUAUUUUAUAAAAUAUGCUCUUACUAAGUGCAAGACAGGGAAGCUUAUCUGGGAGCUACAGAUGGCUGGCAAAUAAAGGAGAAAACAACAGAAAGUGUCUAUUGAUCGGUCCUCUCCACCAUGAUAUCACCAAGCUUUUCCAAGCCUCUGCAUCCCAAAAAUAUGUUUAAGAAAAAAAGUAUAUAUUUUUGGAUCCUUUUAAUGAUUAAAUCAAUAACAACAACUUACAUCACAAUUGUUUGUCCGGAUGAAGAAUAUUCCAGCGUGGCAGUAGACUGUUACUAUCGAUUUAACAAAAAUGAGUGAAGAAAAUUUAUGAAUGGAUUUUUUGCUGCAGGCUGGUAGCACCCUUAAAGACUUCAAGAGACUUAAUGAGUACUGUAGAGCCUGUCCUUCCUGUGCUGUGCAUUUGCAGAGAAAGGCAUUCUUUCACAGGAUACCCGCUCACUCAUGUUUUAAUGGUGCAAAAUAGCCUGAAACCUCUUAUAUAUGUACAGUGGCUGAGGUCUGACAAUGGCAAAGAAUAUGUGAUUUAAACUACUGAGUGUGAGUAAAUUUUCUUCAGAACCUGAAAAUGAUGUUUCCCACUCCCCCCCCCUAUUUUGAUCUGUAUUUGUGAAUGACAAGUGAGCACCUUGCUCACUCAGACUCCAGGGCAAGACUGACUAUUUAUCGCUGGCUCCACCUUCUUGCUCUGAGCUACAGCUCGGUCAUUGCUUACCUUCCUGGUUAAGAGGUCCUGUGUCUGAUGCCUGUUUGGUUGUGGUGCCCAGUCUUGAGCAGCUCCAGCUCAGUCAGUAUCAGCAGGGGGAUGUCAUUGCCUACAUAUUGUUCUUUGAUUGGGCGACUUAGUAAAACAUCAUUGAGAAAAGACCCUACAUCAAUCAGAAGCACUCCUGGAGAAAAAAAAAAGAGAUAAAUGGGCCAAACUACUCAAAAGAAGUUUUUUGUUUUUUAUUCAGUACAAUUCAAUUUUAUUUAUAUAUAGAGCCAAAUCACAGGAACAGUUGCCUUAAGGCGCUAUUUUAAAAGAACAGCAGGGUUUUUCCUGGCUCAGAAUGGGUCUUUAGGAAGUUAUUAUGUGCUUAAGCCCCCAACAGGUCAUUGCAGAUCGGCGCCCUUCCCUGAAACUGCUUCUGCCAGAGUUUUCUUCCUGUUAAAAGGACGUUUUUCCUUCCCACUGUCAUUGAGUGCUUGCUAAUAGGAGGUUAUUUGAUUGUUGGGAUUCUCUCUUUAUUAUUGUAGGGCCUUUACCGUAGAAUAUAAAGUGCCUUAAAGUGAUUUUUGUUGUGAUUUGGUGGCGUAUCAGUAAAAAUGAAUUAAGCACAACUGGCUAUGCAUAUUGUUUAAACAAGUCUGUGUUAAUUUACCUGAUGUAAGUCAGCACAUUUGCCUGUUGUUUAUGGCUAUACACAAUUGUUUUCAACAUCUAAAAAAUGGCAAUAUUUGUAUCACAGUACUGGUGAUUCUCCUUUGGUGAAUGGUCAUUAGCUCUCUGGUGGGUGCCAAGAUUUUUAACAUCCAGGAAAAUUGUACUUAACGGCUUAUGCAGUUGUUAAUGUAGCAUCACAAAUGUGGUCUAACUCUGUUAGAAAGCUGCAGAAUAAUUUUGACUUGUGCCCAGCAUGCAUUUAUUGUUAUAGUUAUUGGCAUUUUGUUUUUACAGUUUUGGCUGAGUGUUGAACAAUAGCACAAAACGUUGUGGCUCAAACAUUAAAUCAGACUUGUCCAUUUGUGCAUUUGUCAUGAGUCUCUUCUUAUUUGAAUGUUUUCUGAUGAUUUUCAGGAAAGGGAGCAGUGUGAACCCAUAUGGAAUCUUCAUGGGGUGUUUUCAUGCUGUCAUUUUGUGAAAUAAAAUCACAGUAUGUGAUCAAUAUCCACUGAUUGAUUGAAACAUGUGCAAACUUAGAUAAAAUACAGUUUUUAAGCCCUAACCAUAGUUUGUACAAUUAUAAUGAGUUUGAAAUUCAGUAUUUGGUAUCAUCACCUUAGCAGGCUUUCUUGUAAUUUCUUUAAGCAGUCUUUAGAAUUAGUUCUCCAAUCUGAGGAACAUUUAAAGCUCUUCUUUGGAUGGUGAACGCAUGUAGUUUCCUCAAUUGCGUUAAAGGACAACCUGCCAAUAUCUGCCAAAUUUUCCCUCAAUGCAUUUGGGAAUCACAAUGUUGGUGCACAAACACAUGCCUGUGGAAUUGUCUUAUCUUUGGUAUUUUUCAUAGAUUCAGCUAAAGAAAUUGGUACAAAUUAUGUGUUUUUGCAACAAACUACUAGCAACAAAGUGUCUACAGAUGCUAUUUAAAAUUGGCUAUUUGCUAAAUUAUCUAAAAUGAGUCCAAAGGAAAACUUUGAAAACCCUUCAAAAUUCCUUGAGAAAUAUUGCUCAAGAGCAUUAAAAAAAAAGUCUUACAAGAAGGUACUUUGCAAACAAAAUAUGAAGAAAUAAAGGUUGCCUUGAGACUUUUACACAGUACUGUAUGACAAAUAAUUAGCUUUAUUUCACAAGUUAUCAAAGUCAGGGUUCUACUAAUAAAUGCACAAGUUGUCCCAAUUUCAUUGACAUGAACUAAUGGUUCCAACCAAAUACCAUUGUCUUAUCAAACAGGUUAUCUAGGCAAAAACAUGGCCUAUUUUCAUCUGAUAUAUUUUUCUGUCUGGCUUCUACUUCACAAACCAUGUGCCAAACGUUUCUCCACUUUUUGAGUCCUUUUUCUGGCCUUCAUGUGAAUUUUCGCAGUCUGGAUGAGGACCAGUUUUUAAUUAAUUUCGGCACCACAUAAAAAAGGCUACGUAACAUAUAAGAAAACCCCCAAUAUUUACCGCCUGCCAAAUUUACUUAGUUUCCAAUGUUCAAGUUCAAGUUAAAUUAAGUAUGCGAUGUCAUUUUUAAAAAUGAAAAAUCUGAAUUAAAUCAGCCAAUGAGUGAACUAGGAAAGAGCGGUGUGGACCAAUGGGGAAGAAGGAGGGGGGCACUGCAAUGUAUGCAAAUUAGACAGUUUAGUCAAGGUCCUCGCGAGCUUAACAGGUGUGUGAAAAAAAAAACUUUUUAUUUUUUUUCUGCGGCCGAAGGGUGAGUGUUUUAUUCUGAAAGUUAACCAUUAUACUUCGAUAGCAGUAGACGUACUAAAAAAAGAAAUAGUAGCCACAACUGCCUUUAAGCGAAAAUAUCCCAGUUUUGGACUAGCUUGCUUUCAUUGUAGGCCAAAGUUUAGCCUCGGGCUAAAUGUAAACGUCACCAAAUCAUUUAAAUGACUGACUGCAACUAUUCCGGCUCAAGGUGUGGUUUCUCCCUCGCAGUUUAGUGCAGGGCAGGUGACACUGAGGAUUUUACAUUACACGUCUGGGUUUGUUUUUUUUUUUUGAGUAAACCCACCUACUACAAGGCAGCAUUUAAAAUUGGUAUUAUUUGCUAGCCUGGUAGACAUUCAAAGGAGCCUACUUACUGUAGUUGGCAGAAACCUGCUUCUAAGGCAGAUGGAAUAUAAAGCUUGUGGUUUUGAAGUGUUUUACAACUUAUGAUAGUGGCACAUUCAAAGUUAUUCCUCUUGACAGUCUACAGCUUCAGGUCAGAUUUUACCUCAUGUGUUUUAGAUUUUACCUUCUGGUUACACAUCAGUUGUAGACUUUUAAUAGUUUGUUCUUGGAAAGAGAAAUGUCUUGACUUGAGGAGUAGCUAUUGUGAAGAGGAAACAAAUUGACUUCUCCUGCCCUUAGUGUCUCAGCUUUUGUGUAAUUUGCCCAAAUCUUGUCCUGUAUGUGUGCAUGCAUGUGUGUGUAAUGUGAAGUGAAGUGAAGAGAGAGAGUGGAAAAGAGGUGGUGUGGCAAGAGGGAGAGAGAGACAGAGAAGUGACACAAAUCAAUGUGAGCACCCAAACCACCAUCACCAGCAGCAGCAGCGGCGGCAGUCUUCCCCCUCUACCGACCUCCAUCACCUCCCUGUCUUUCAGUGAGAGAGACCAGUGGAGAACGGGAGUCACAGGAAAGACGGGCUCCUCAGCAGCGCAGCAUCCGGUUUGAAGGGGCUAAGUGGACAGAGCAGCUGAUUACUUCUGGGUAUUUUUUUCCUUCAUAUUGCUCAUCAAGUAACUGGAUGUCUUCCAAGCGACCAGCCUCUCCAUAUGGGGGGACAGAUGGAGAGGUAACCAUGGCAACCAGCAGACAGCGAGUGGAGGAUGAGGAGAGUGAGGGACUGGGCGGUGUCAUCCACCUCCCCCUGGCCUCCUACUGCAACAAGGUGUCCCCUCGCUCGCCCCCCAACCGCAACUUGGACAGCCCGCCCAACAUGGAGCAGGAUGGCACUAAGGGGAGCUCCCUGAGUCCUUACCCUCAGCACAAUGCUACCUCACCAGGCAAAGAAGAGGGUGGAGGCGGGGGGCGCCUCUGCAGCGACGGGGGCUCGGCCGCGGGCACCCUGGGCACCCCCGAGAGACGCAAGGGCAGCCUGGCAGACGUGGUGGACACACUGAAACAACGCAAGAUGGAGGAGCUGAUCAAAAACGAGCCAGAAGAGGCCCCCAGCAUUGAGAGGCUGUUGUCAAAGGACUGGAAGGAUAAACUUUUGGCCAUGGGCUCAGGGCACGUCGGAGAAAUUAAAGGUACCCCAGACAGCCUGGCGGAGAAAGAGCGCCAACUCAUGGGCAUGAUUGGCCAGUUGAGCAGCCUGAGGGAGCAGCUCUUGGCGGCCCAUGAGGAGCAGAAGAAGCUGGCCGCCUCACAGAUGGAGAAGCAGAGGCAGCAGAUGGAGCUCGCCAAGCAGCAGCAGGAUCAGAUUGCCCGGCAACAGCAGCAGCUUCUACAGCAGCAACACAAAAUCAACCUCCUGCAGCAACAAAUCCAGCAGGUCCAGGGCCAACUCCCUCCACUGAUGAUUCCUGUCUUUCCCCCAGACCAGCGAACUCUUGCGGCAGCUGCGGCCCAGCAGGGCUUCCUAAUGCCCCCUAGCUUCAACUACAAGCCUGGCUGCAGUGACCCCUACCCUCUCCAGCUCAUCCCCACAACGAUGGCUGCUGCUGCUGCUGCCACACCAGGUCUGGGACCCCUACAGCUCCAGCAGUUGUAUGCUGCUCAGCUAGCAGCCAUGCAGGUUUCCCCUGGGGCCAAGCAGCAUGGAGGCAGCCUUCCUCCCCAAGCCAACCUGGGCACGCACUCGCCACCCACCAACACACAUUCACAGAGUGACAAGGUCCGCAGCUCCCCGCCACCAAAUAAAACCAAGGACAGUGAGGGUGCACAGCCACUGAACCUGUCGGCCAAGCCUAAGGCAUCCGAGAGCAAGUCACCCAACUCCCCCCCAACUUCCCCACAGGUGCCGGCUGCUGCUGCUGCGAACAAGCUGGACCCCACUUCCAUGAAGCACAGCGUUGCCCCCUCCAGCAUUGGAGGACCACCGACCAGAGUCAGCUCAAUUGCAGACUUGUUGUCGUCGCUGUCUUCGACAGCCUACCUGAACGACCACGAGGCGGUGACCAAGGCCUUCGCCGAGGCUCGGCAGAUGAAGGAGCAGCUGAAGAGAGAGCAGCAGGUGCUGGAUGCCAAGGUGGCAGCCGUCAGCAACCUCAGCCUCAACAACGGCCGCUCAGACAAGGACAAAGCUGCCUUGGAGAGUCUGAGUCAACAGCUGAAGCAGCAGGCCGAGAACAAGUUCAGCCACGCCAUGCUGGACUUCACCAUGAGUGGAGACUCUGACGGCUCUCCCAGCGUGUCAGACUCCAGGAUAUUCCGAGAGUCUCGGGGUCGUAGCAGCAGCGAGCCGCACAUCAAAAGGCCGAUGAACGCUUUCAUGGUCUGGGCCAAGGACGAGAGGCGAAAGAUCCUCCAGGCCUUCCCCGACAUGCACAACUCCAACAUCAGCAAGAUCCUUGGCUCACGCUGGAAAGCCAUGACCAACCUGGAGAAGCAGCCGUACUACGAGGAGCAGGCUCGGCUCAGCAAGCAGCACCUGGAAAAAUACCCCGACUACAAGUACAAGCCACGGCCCAAACGCACCUGCCUGGUGGACGGCAAGAAGCUGCGCAUCGGCGAGUACAAGGCCAUCAUGAGGUCCCGCAGGCAGGAAAUGAGACAGUACUUCAGUGUGGGGCAGCAGGGUCAGCUGCCGUUGUCCUCUGCAGGCGUCGUUUACCCAGGUGCCCUAUCCAUGGCGGGGAUGCCCUCACCCCAGAUGCCCUCAGAGCACUCGAGCAUGUCCAGCAGCCCCGAGCCCAACGCCAACCACCACCAGAACCCCAGCAUGCCUGGCCUCAAGGGGGAGGAGCCGCGAAUCAAGGAGGAGGAGCUCAGGCUAGACGACAGCAAUGGCGACGUGUACGACGACUUUGACUACGAGGACGAAGAUGGCGACUACGCCAGCGAUAACGAGAACCAUAUCACCCAAUAGGACGGCAUCAGCACCGCCUGCUUUUUGUGUUUUGUUUUGUUUUUUUGUAAGCCAAUCACCGCUGGUUAAUCUCACAAAAUCCCCACCAAUCAGGAAGAAACCUUUCGCUUUUGCCAAUCGCUUUGGAACCAGUUUCACCGCCCCCCCCCGACUAACAUGGACUCUUCUAAUAGAGCCAGAUCCACUCCCCUCCCCUUCCUCUCCCCCCGGAGUCCUGAUACCAGCAUCUUUUGAUCAAUCAACCGAAGCACAGGACCUGUCACUCACACUGACUGUUACACACUGACUGGAGGAAGAGACGACCAAGGCAGUUCUGAAGCUCGCUGAGGAAUACCCACAUAGUACUGCAGGUGUUAGAGUGUAAUGCCACGAGUGAAGAGAAAGCAACAUGGCUCUCAGAAAGCAACCUUUUAGUCCCGUUUGUUGAAGAAAAACUGAAAAACAGAGGACCUGUCAAAGGCUAACAUGACACUUUAAGAUGGCGGACCUGUUUAUUAUCAAGAGACAUUUUUAAAAAUAAAACAGCUUUUUUUGUUCUUUGGUUCUAUAAUAUUCUCACUCAGGUACACGGUGCCAAUAAGUGGCUUGUGAAUGUGAUUUGUUGUUUUUGUGCUACAAGUUUGAAUAAUAAUAGAAAAAAGAGACUUUUCUUUUUUCCCCUUUUGUUGUAAAGCACCUGAAAGACAUGAGACAUUUAUUUUUAACAAAAAGAUAUCUUUUCUUCAACCUCGCAGUGUGCUGUCAGCAAUCCCCCCCAAUUUUUCUCCCCCUUUGUGUUUUUUUUGUGACCGCCCGCUUACCCCCCCUCCCCUCCUUGCAUCGCAUGGAAUCAAAUGGGACGGUCCAGCCGGGACUGACCAGCACAAAGUGGACUGUCCCACUUUGAGUGGAUUUUCGGUGUGUGGGGAGGGGCGGGUUGCAGCAAAGGGAAGUCUCUCUGGCGUCACGGAGCAGAAACAAAAGCACUGUGUUGCGAGACAAUCCACCGGUUUCCUUCUCGCUCCAUCCCUCUAUCUCGAUCUCGUCCAGGGCAAAAAAAACCCACACAUCAGUGCGACUUCGAUCGAAACAUCCCAACAGUGCGAGUGUGUGUCAGUGUGUGUGCUCCACCAUUGGACGUUUGCACACGCGCUCGCAAAAAGAAAGCUAAUAAUACUGCAGAAAGACAGGCAACUAAUGCUGCUGCUGUUAUUUCCUGUAACACACACACGCACACUGUGUUCUGUCCAGUGUUUUCCUAACCCCCCACCCUCCAAUCAACGUUGUCCUGCUGUAUUGCAGUGGGCGGAGCUGAGGUGAAGUCAGCCAGUCAGUGUUUCUGUUUGUAUUUGAAUACUGUAUUUUAUUAUUAUUUUUCUUCAAACUGCCUCUAGUCUAAUAAUAUUAUUAACAAUAAUUAUAAGGAUGGUCAACGUUUCCUAAGUUUAGUAAGUUAUGUACAGUAUAAUUUAUUUUUCUCCUCUUUAUUGGGUUUUUAUGACCAUAUGAAACAGUCAAUGAAGCAUUAUUCUAUUUAGCUGGUAGGUAUUUAGAUCUAAACAAAAAGUUGUCAUUUUACCUUGCUUUGUUUUGCAAUUUUAUUUUAUGUUAUUUUAUUUUUGAUCCCCUCCUAUUAAUCCUCUGCGGGCGGGUGAGCUGGACUGAAAGACAUGGACGCCAGCCUUCGUCCGAACUGAAGACGUAACCCUUUUUAUCAUGUCCGAACCCAUUUCUAAGAAGCACUCAGACUCUGUGCAGUCAGAGAAGAAGAACAUGAUUUUAUAUUGUUAUUAUAAUUUUAUUUGUAAUGAUUAUCAUAAUGUAUAAUGUGAAUUUCCUCUUCUUCUUCUUUUUUUUUAAAUUUUUACAUGUUUUUGGUUUGUCACUUUUUCUGUGAACAGAGACCCGUCCCCGUUUACUAGUUUGGCUGCCUCACGGCGACACAGUGGAACAUCUUUGGCAUGGAUACACACACACACGCGCACACACACACACACACACACACACACACACGCGUGCGCACUGGGGGAUGCACCGAUGAAAUUCUGGGCCAAUACCAACACUGAUGUUUAUAAUGUAGCUGACAGCCAAUACCAAUAUUUUUUCAGUGUCUUUCUUUUGUACAAAAAUAUACUGACCUGUUUGAAAGUCUUUCAGAUCUUCAUCGCACAUUUUUUGAACAUUCAGAAUAAAGGAUGUCUUAUUUGUUAAUAUCCCGAAAUCAGCAGGAUUGAAUAUCGGCCAAUAACGAUAUUAGGCCGAUAUAUCGGCCAUUUUUAUAUAUAUAUAUACAUUUUUUUGGGUGGGGGGUAUUUAUACACCCCCCUUUUUCUUUUUCUUUUUUUACCAGUGAAGCAAUGAAAUUGUUUUAAAGAGAUACCACCUGACCAGUUUUAGAGUCUUUUAUUGGAUUUUUUAAAGAAUUAAUCCAAAUAAAACCUAUUUGCCAAUAUCUGUCAACGAGGGUCAAUAUUAGCUGAUAAUAUAUUCAACCGAUAUAUCAGUACAUCCCAAAUGUGCAGAUACAACACAUACAGGCACAUUUCAAAUGAAGAGAUUAUCAUGACAACCAAACAAAUCCUAUGCUGUCCUUUUUGUUUCUUGAAAAAAAUCCUGUAUAUAGACAUUUUUUUGUUUUGUUUUGUUGUUGUUGUUUUUGUUUUUUGUGGUAGCAGUGACUUUUUUUUAAUCAUGAGAAAGCAGUGUUUACUGCAAUCCACCAAGGCUGUUCCACUGUGUGCGCGUGUGGGUCUGCAGUAUCUUCAUCAGGAGCCCUUUGCUUUGUUUGAGCUCCACACGAUGCUACAGGAGCCAUGACUGCUCUUCAGGUGUGCUGUUUUCAUGUCACAUUCUCGCUUAUAGAUGUUUCCUACAUGCCACAUAACAAGCUUCUGGGUCUUAAUUUUGCUGUAUAGUCACCCCUGUUAUCACACCUUUGUUGAACCCCAUGCUGGAAAGAGGGGACUAAAUGAAUAAGUCCAUUUUUUAAAACAGUAUCAGGAGGGUGGGUGUUUGGGUGGGGCAUUAAGAGAUCAGUCAUCCCUGCUGGCAAGGUCCGUCCCCAUAUCAAGACAAUGAAAAUGAUGAUGAUGAUGAUAUUAUUUAAGACAAUCAAAGUCAUGAGUGGAGCUCAAAACAAAGUGAGAAUUAUUACUAGUAAACAAAAAAAAAAUAUCUUACCAUCUCAACUUGAAAAUUCAAGAAAGAUAAUUAUGUAAAUAUAACAUAGAGUUAUAGAUUUAUAUUUUGUUCAUAACACAGUGUAAUAUAAGUUGUAUAUUUCUUUUUUUUUUCUUCCUCUCCCUACUGUCUCUUUUAUUGAUGUUAUCCAUGCCACAGAAAAAGCAAGAGUCACAGCACUCGCACAAAAAAAGAAGAAAAAUAUCAAAGAAAUAAAGAAAAACAGGGGAAAAAAAGCCGUGGGCUGCCACCACCAUCUGUUCUAAGUUCACUUUUUUUCAGUAUUACUGCCAGACAAGGCUCUAAUAAAGACAGCAAUGUGUUCAGUAAAAAAAACUUGUCCUGGUCCUGGUCACUUCUUUUCCUCCACGCAUUCGCACGGCUUUACGGUUCCCCACACCAACAUACAAAUGUACACUACCACUCCCCCCUCUUUUUUAAGGUAUAGUGCAGUGAACACACCACAGCAUAAACACACGAGCAGACAGACAACUUUUUAAAGUAGUAGUAGUGCUGGGAGUGUCGACGUUUCUUCAGUCCUCUUUCUAAAGUGGCUUAAUGUGAGCCCAUGUGUCGCCAAACGAUUCAAUCAUCUCCAUAACAACGUGUUAAUUAUGCCAAGUCCACCUUCUUGCCCCUCCAAUCAGAGGGCCAGCUGGGAGGCGUGGAGAAGAAUCAUGGCCCACUAGCAACCUGAUAACCUAAUUAAGCACAACAAGGGAACACGGGGAGACGGGCUGGAGGGGGGGUGUAAGUGAUGAAAUGUGUGUGUGUGUGUGCUAAUCAUAAAAAGAAGAAGAGUAGCCUAUAUUCGCAGUGUCCAUAUAAGCCUCCCCGGCCUGUCAGAGUGCUGGCUGUGCUGCUGUCACCAGUUUUAAAAGUGAAAUCUUUAAUUGAUGCUCGCUUAAGAAGGUUUGGGAUGUUCGUGCCUCCACUUCUGAAGGGUUAAAAAACACAAAACCCCACUCAGGGCGCCCAUUAAAGCACUGUCCCCCCCAUCUGUGUCCAUAUGUUAAACCCCCUCCACAGCCCGGCUCGACGCGCUGUGCGUGAAAACAGUUAAAUGCACUCCAAGGAGAUGAUUUUACGUGCUUUGGUAAUUACCAUAACUACACACACACAGAGACCCUUUUGAUGCAAUAAAGAGGCAGGAUGGGGGAAGAUCCACAACUCCUACAUUAAGAGGACGACUUCUUUCUUUUUUUUUCCUUCUGGGCUUUGUGAAUUUUUCAGAGGCGGCCUGGAGGUAAAAUCUGAGAAAAGGUUUAUGUGUGAAUAGUUGAGGAGCAGAGAGGGGAUUCAGAUCCCCCCCCCCCUUUUUUUUUUCUUUAUUGUCAGCAGUACGUGAGAUGCUGGAGGAAGCAAACAGUGGCUAUACUCAGAUUAAAUCACACACACACACACACCCUAAGGUGUACUGUAGGAGUUUGCUCAGCUUAAACCACAUUUAUAUCUAGCGGGUAUUUCCAGCACAAUAGCUCAGACCAAAGAGGGGAAACUAUUACAAUGAGCACAUCUUUACAUUUGAAUGCCUGCUUAUUUUUCUGAUUUAAUUUCCUCAAAGUUUUUGCGCAGGCCCAGUAGCCCGUGGAUCGCUUGAAAAAAUAAAACAACAAAACUUGAAUGCGUGAACGCGCACCUGGCGUGACUGUGAGCACGGCCCUCUGCCUGCACUGCCUCGGCUCAAAUAUACAGCUUUUUUUUUCUUCGAACCGUGGGUGUUUGGAAAUUGAGUGAAAACGAUGUCACAUUAAUGAUUUAAAGUCGGUAAUAGGAUGUGCUGUGACGCUGAGCCCCCAGCUAAGCUGAGUUUAAGGCUCCGGCGUUAAUGUAUUCAUGAGGAGGAGGAUUAUACAGAGACAAGAGCAGCUAGAGAGCUGAGUGCAGCACAGCAGCCAGGGCCAACAGGCCUUCUAGAUAUUAUAUAUAACUCCAUUUAUACUGCACGAUGCAGGAGGUAGGACUGCACACACACACACGCAUAAAGGGUAAGGCGGGCAUUGCUUUUGAAAUCAUGCAGUGUGAGCCUAGAAUUGAAUUUGAUUGUAUUAAUGUUGUUUUAUUACUUAUUAUUUUUUAUCGAUAAAGCUGGGGAGGAUAGCAGCACACUGCUA